CGUGAAGUGGGUUUGUUAGUAGAAGGAGGAGGCCUGGACAGAGUCGCUGCAUGGGACUCAUAUGAACAUUUCAGACUGAAGAUUGUGUCCUUUCUGAGUAACCACUCAGUAACCUGAGUAAAAUGGACUGUGGGGGAGGAAAUAAUGAUGUGCAGGCAGAGCUGGACUCAGUGGAGGCAGAGCUGGACUUGGUGGAGCUGCAGAUUGGGGAUCUCCUGCAGAAGCAGUCUGAGCUGACUGCACGUAAGAACGCACUGUUGUGCCAGCUGGAGGAAGCCUGCGACGCCGCACAUCCGUCUGCAUCCUCCUCUUCAUCCUCCUCUUCCUCCAAAGCAUCUGGAGAUGUUUCUGUGAUGAGCAAGCAGGAGAUGCAGCGCUAUGAUGGAGCAGAUUUUGAGUGGUCCAAAGACGUGGAGCAGCAUCUGAAGGAUUCAUUCCAUCUGUCCAAGUUCAGACCUCUGCAGCUCAGAGCCAUCAACCUGACACUGGCAGGCAGAGAUCUGUUCCUGGUGAUGCCCACAGGCCGAGGAAAGAGUCUCUGCUACCAGCUGCCUGCUGUCUGCUCCAAGGGUGUCACUCUGGUUAUCACUCCUCUGCUGUCUCUGAUGGAGGAUCAGGUCAUGUUUCUGAAGUCCAUCGAUGUGUCAGCAGUCAUGUUGAAUUCUUCUAGCAGCAAGGAACACGCUAAGACAGUUUUGGCGGGGUUGACUGAUCCAAAGGCCUCCUUCAAGCUGUUGUAUGUGACUCCAGAGAAGAUCGCCAAGAGCAAGCUGCUGAUGUCUCGUCUGGAGAAAGCCUACAACGCAAACCUGCUGAGUCGUAUCGCUGUGGACGAGGUGCACUGCUGCAGCCAAUGGGGACACGACUUCAGACCAGAUUAUAAGCUGCUGGGCAUCCUGAAGAGACAGUUCCCUAAGGUUCCUCUGCUGGGACUCACAGCCACGGCAACCAGCAGCGUUCUCAAAGACUGUGAGAAGAUCCUGUGUGUAUCACAGCCAAUCGUACUCACCGCCUCCUUCAACAGAACCAACCUCCACUACGAGGUUCGUAUUAAAGAUUCUGACAAUGAAGCAUCAAUAAAUGACAUCGCCUCCACGAUUAAAAACAGAUACAAGGACCAGUCAGGAAUUGUGUACGUGUUCUCUCAGAAGGACGCUGAGUCAGUUGCGUCUGAACUACAGAACAGAGACAUCCUGGCUUAUCCGUACCACGCUCACAUGGAUCCUGUAGACAAGUCCCGAGUUCACCGCAAAUGGACAGCUGGGAAAAUCCAGGUGGUGGUAGCAACUGUGGCGUUUGGAAUGGGCAUCGACAAGUCUAACGUGAGGUUUGUCAUCCAUCACACCAUCAGCAAGUCCAUAGAGAACUACUACCAAGAGAGUGGACGAGCAGGCAGAGACGACCGUCCUGCAGACUGCAUCGUGUACUACGGCUUCUCAGACAUCUUCAGGAUCAGCACAAUGGUGGUGAUGGAGAGCGUUGGCCAACAGAAGCUGCUGCUGAUGGUCGACUACUGCCAGAAUGUUGACAGGUGUCGGCGCUCCAUCAUGGCCGUUCAUUUUGACGAGGUGUGGGACAAUAAAGGAUGCAACCAGAUGUGUGAUGUUUGCCGCAAUCAAAAAGACUUCUCCACUAUGGACAUCACCCAGCAUGCCAGGCAGGUGGUGCAGAUUAUUGAGGUUGCUUCCUCCAUGGAUGAGAAGUUGACCCCUCUGAAGCUGGUGGAGGCGUGGAUGGGGAAGGGCCCCGCCAAGCGCAGGAAGUUGAUUGAGACCACCACGCUGUCUCGACAGCAGGUUGAAGCUGUGAUAGUUUACCUGCUGGUGAAGGGAUACCUCAAAGAGGAUUUCAGCUUCACUCCUUACACCACCUACAUCUACAUGAAGCUGGGCCACAAAGCCCCCCUGCUGAAGAGCCAGACUCACACACUCAGCAUGAAGAUGAAGAUGAAGACAACAGAGAGUGGAUCUGCCGUGCUGCGAGUGCCAAGAACAAAACCAAAGAGGGAAAGAGAUCAGUUCAAAGUGCUGGAGAUGCCCCUGUGUCCAAGAAAGUCAAGAAAGACAAGAAAGACCUCCCAUAGUCUCCCCCCCCCCCCUCCAACCCCACCCAGAGGACAAGCUGCCAAAGAGACAUCUGCAGUCAAGGCCAAUGAGGAGGAGGUUGAUAUAACCUUUGACCCCGUUGUCAUGGACAACAGUUGUCCCCCACAACCCAAACAGAAACUAUUUAAAGAACAGAGGAACCUGUCCAGGAAACAGGACAGUGAGACAGAUACAUGGGCAGAGAGGAUAAAGAAACAGCUGGCAGACAGACAUGGAGAGGAGGAGGAGGGGAAGAAGAAGAGACCCAUCAUGCCCCAACAUGUAGUGCAUGUGGAUGUUGAAAUUAACACAGUAGAUAAUGUAGGUGUGUGUGAUGGUGAGGAGACACCAGCACAUCCAGUUAAACCUUGUUCUAAACGUAAAUCCACCACCCCUCAGAGAGCGAGGAGGAAACCCCGCGCACAUGCAGCUGCGCCAGAUGUUCCCUCUCAGUCUCCAGGCUGCGACACAGCCACCAACACCGCGCCCAGCUCUCCAUCCCAGGCCUCCAUCAUGUCUGAGACUGCAGCCGAGGAGCUCUGCCACCUGAGGAACUACUACAGCAAGCAGCUCAGGAGAAUCAACUACAUAUCCCAUGAAUACCUGGGGCAGCCUGCACAGCCUGGGGUGCUGGCAUGCAUCAGGGAGCCUCUGAGGAGCCUCCGUCUGCCCAGCAGGGUGACCAUCUCCCAGACGGCUCGCAGCCUAUGGACACGAGUCAGCGGGAGGAGGAAGCUGGUCCAUCGAUGACAUCAGAGUCCUGAAAACCACUUAACAACAUGUCCAUGUUUACUGUGAAGAGAAAUGUCCUUCUGCUGUUAUUCUGUGAUCACUACUGUAUCAUCUACUGUCACUUAAAGAGGCCAUGUGCAGGUUUUACAUAUGUCUCACUUAGGAGUCGUAUGGGUUGUAUUGAACAUUUUUCUCCAAGUUUUCUAACAUGAAAGAUGCUGUAAUACAUUUUUUUAUUGUUUUUUUUUGCUGCAGCAUACUAAUCAGCUCUGGAAAUCACAUGACUUGUGUCGUCUCUUGAAAAAAAAUCAUUACUAAAAAGAAAAAAAAUGGUUUAAUGGUCUUUCUUCUAACAGCAGUGUGAGCUUCUCUCUAACUGUUACAGCUACCAUCUUGUGGUUAUAUUUUCACACUGGUCUCUGCUGCAUGUCACCUCUUCCAGCUAGAGGUCAGUGCAGUGAUGCCUUAUUUACUGGGACAACUGGGGGGCAGUGAUGCUGUGAAAUAACAUCAGAACACACGGUUUUCUUUUUUCUAUCUGAUUAUUUAGAUGUAAAGCAUGGAGAUAAACUGCAAAAUAAUACGUUUCCCUGGAGGAAAUCCUAUGUUUUCUAAUGUUUUUGUUUUUUUGUUAAGUUUUAUUUGUUAAUUUUCCAUUGACAGAACUGUUCAGAUUGUAUUCUCUGAAUGUUUUUCUAUUUGUUCAAACUUGAGGAAUACAGUCCCGAUUUGUAAUGAAGUA